AUGGUUGCCAAAAGUAAACAUAAAGUAUUGGCAUGUUCAACACCAGAGCAUAGAUUGGAGUCUCCAUCACGGGAUAGUGACUCAGUAUGUGAUUCGGAUGCUGGAAGUCCAGUUCCAUUCCUUUGCACCCAAGAUGGUGCUGAAGGAGAAACUGAUGUUGUAUGGAACUUUUACACUCCAAAAUCAGAGAGAGCCACAACUCGCACAAAAAACACAACCCCAGUUAGUCGCAAAUCUAGAAGAAUUCGGCCAAAACUAAUUGCAAAAUCAUUGCCUAAAAGGAAAACAGUCAAACCAUCACAAAAGCGUACAGAAUUGUUUCAAGAUCUCGUAGAACUAAAUCAAAACAUACAUGAACUCAUAGGAAAGAAAGCUAAAAGCAAAGAAAUUGAAAAACCACAGUCAUGUAGUGAAGAAGACAUAUUUAGUGAUACCAGUGAAAGUUCCCCCAAGAACAGUCUACGUACUAGUCAGUGCUUAAGAAAAAAUGUAUUGAGUUCUAAAUUCAAAAAGCCAGAACCAGAAAACUGUUUAGAAUCUGAUGAUUCUAUGAAUGAAUGUCUUUUAAAAGCCAGCCAAGCAGUUGAAGAAAAUAUAAUUGGUUAUGAACAUUCUGCACCAAAAAGGCUAUGUCUAGAAACACCAAAAGUUAAGAAUUCAAAGUUAAAAUCAAAACAUAUUACAAUCAAUGAAGAUUCUAUGGAUGCAAUUUUCAAUAACAUCAAAUUGGAUUCACCAUUUAUAAAGAAAACAAAGUAUAAUUCACCAAAACUAAACAAUGACUCAUUUGAUAAUUUUCUAGGUGAUUUAAAUGACAGUACAUUAGAACGAUUGUCUCAAAUGCCUCUUAAGGAUACAAGGAAAAAAGAUUCAAAUUGGGUCUUAGAUGAAGUUGUAUUACAUGGAAACAGUCCAGUAGUCUUUGGGAGGCACAAUUCUAUGCCAGAAUCACCAUCACUAAAUGAUACAAACAAACCCUCUACGAGCGGUAUGGCUUUUAGUAGAUACAGUUCAAUGCCGUUUAAUAAGAGUGCUGAAAAAGUUACACUUCUAGAUGACUCUCCAAUAAGAUGUACUCCUGAUGAAAUUAAGAAAAAACACCAACAAGCUCGGGAGAAACUACUAGCCAAGAGACUUUUACCGUUUACAGCAUCACAACAACCACUAUCUACUCAAACCCAGCCACCCAUAGAGAAUAAACCAACUAAAAAAUCUAUAUUUCAACCUCGUGUAGCCAGUGCUUCUAACAAAAAUAUUUUAAAGCCUCCUCCCAGUAAAACUUCUUCAGAGAAAGGAAACUAUGAGACUGACAUUAAAUUUAUAAUUGAACAGAAGAGGCAAGAAGCUCUAAUGAAGUUGAGAAAGAGACAACCGAAAUAA